UUUCGCGACGCGCCGGGAUCGAAUCGCAUCGAAUCGACGCGACGCGACGCGAAGCGCGAGACGCGAUGCGGGCGGUGACGCGGAUGACGCGAACGACGGUUCGCGCGAUCGCGCGGCGCGCGUCGAUCGCGACGACGGCGCGCGCGGCGGACGCGCCGGCGACGAUCGGCGGGAAUCGCGACGAUCCGCGUCAGCACGCGAACGGCGCGACGGCGCGGCGCGGGGGGACGCGCGAUCGGUGGUUCGCGGCGGCGAAGAGCGAGGAGAUGCCGAUGCGAGCGAUCGCGGACGCGAUCGGGGACGCGUUCGGGCCGGCGCUGGACGCGAUCGCGGAGGAACGGCGACGACGAGGCGAGGCGAGGCGGGACGGGGGCGAGACGGAGGACGAGACGGAGGCGGGACUGUACGUGCCGGACAUACCGGCGUUUUUGUGCGCGACGCGAUUGGCGAGGGAUUCACCGAUGGUGAGGAGCGUGCUGGUGGUGGACGAACGCGCGCCGAGGACGAAACCGAGGUUGUCGUGGUACGACGUCGACGACGAAGGCUGGGCGCCGCGGGGGUGGUGGGAGGACGGCGUCAAGGCUGAUUUCGCGUAUUACUUUGGCGAACGGCGAGAAUCGUCGACGAGAUGA